AUGAAAGAGAAGUCCAAAAAUGCUGCCCGGACUAGACGGGAGAAAGAAAACAGUGAAUUUUAUGAACUGGCUAAGUUACUACCCCUGCCCUCUGCUAUCACCUCUCAGCUGGACAAAGCAUCCAUAAUCAGGCUCACCACCAGCUACUUAAAAAUGAGGGUGGUUUUUCCAGAAGGACUUGGAGAAGCCUGGGGCCACUCCAGCCGAACCAGCCCACUUGAUAAUGUUGGACGGGAACUGGGAUCCCAUCUUUUGCAGACGUUGGACGGUUUUAUAUUUGUCGUGGCUCCGGAUGGCAAGAUCAUGUACAUCUCGGAGACAGCCUCCGUGCACCUGGGCUUGUCGCAGGUAGAGCUGACUGGCAAUAGCAUUUAUGAGUACAUCCACCCGGCCGACCACGACGAGAUGACAGCUGUGCUCACGGCCCACCAGCCUUACCACUCGCACUUUGUGCAGGAGUACGAGAUCGAGAGGUCCUUUUUCCUGAGGAUGAAGUGCGUCCUGGCCAAGAGGAACGCGGGAUUGACCUGCGGGGGCUACAAGGUCAUUCACUGCAGUGGGUACCUGAAGAUCCGCCAGUACAGCCUGGACAUGUCCCCCUUCGAUGGCUGCUACCAAAACGUUGGCUUGGUUGCCGUGGGCCACUCGCUACCGCCCAGCGCCGUGACGGAGAUCAAGCUCCAUAGCAAUAUGUUCAUGUUUCGGGCCAGCCUAGACAUGAAGCUCAUAUUCUUAGAUUCCAGGGUAGCUGAGCUAACGGGUUACGAGCCCCAGGACUUGAUAGAGAAGACCCUUUACCACCACGUCCAUGGCUGUGACACCUUCCACCUGCGCUGCGCACAUCACUUGUUGCUGGUGAAAGGGCAAGUGACCACCAAGUACUACCGCUUCUUGGCCAAGCACGGCGGCUGGGUGUGGGUGCAGAGCUACGCCACUAUCGUGCACAACAGCCGCUCCUCCCGCCCGCACUGCAUCGUCAGCGUCAACUACGUCCUCACGGAUACUGAAUAUAAAGGACUACAGCUCUCCCUGGAUCAGGUCACUGCUACCAAGCCGGCAUUCUCAUAUGCAAAUUCAACUCCAACCAUAACGGAUAAUAGAAAGGGAAGCAAAUCUCGCCUCUCGAGCACAAAGUCAAAAUCAAGGACAUCACCAUACCCACAGUAUUCUGGAUUUCACACUGAGAGAUCUGAGUCCGACCAUGAGAGCCAGUGGGGUGGGAGCCCCCUGACUGACACAGCUUCUCCCCAGCUACUGGAGCCCACCGACAGACCGAGCUCCCAGCACCAUGAUGUCUCCUGUGCCUACAGACAGUACUCAGACCGCAGUGCUCUCUGCUAUGGUUUUGCACUUGACCACUCCCGGCUGACUGAUGACAGACAUUUCCAUAAUCAGGCCUGUGAAGGAGGCAGAUGUGAAGCUGGCCGGUAUUUCCUUGGCACACCGCAGUCAGGAAGGGAGAGCUGGUGGGGUUCUCGUUCGGCAUUGCCUCUGACUAAGUCAUCCCCUGAGAGCAGAGAAGCAUAUGAAAACAGUAUGCCCCACAUAACAUCAGUGCACAGGAUUCAUGGGAGAGGACACUGGGAUGAGGAUAGUGUUGUCAGCUCACCUGAUCCUGGCUCUGCCAGUGAAUCAGGUGACCGAUACCGUACUGAGCAAUAUCAGAGCAGUCCACAUGAGCCCAGCAAAAUUGAAACGCUAAUAAGAGCCACCCAGCAAAUGAUUAAAGAGGAAGAAAACAGACUACAGCUGCGGAAAACAACCCCUGAUCCAUUGGUCUCCAUUAAUGGCACAGGGAAGAAGCAUACUAUAUGUUUUGCAAACUACCCUCAGCAGCAAUUGGCAGCAGAUGUCUGCCGCAUCCCGACGGUCGCUAACACUCCCCCCUGUGAACACAUCCAGCAGCGAGAUGGGAAGAUUAUGAGCCCACAUGAAAAUGACUAUGACAACAGCCCCACGACUCUGUCUAGGAUAAGCAGCCCCAGUUCUGACCGAAUUUCAAAAUCUAGUUUGGUACUAUCUAAAGACUACCUGCAUUCAGACAUGUCCCCUCAUCAAACUCCAGGGGACCAUCCAUCAGCCUCUCCAAAUUAUUACAGCUCCCAUAGGCAGUACUUUGAUAAGCAUGCUUACACAUUAACUGGAUAUGCCCUGGAGCAUCUGUAUGACGCUGAAACCAUUAGAAACUAUUCACUAGGCUGUAAUGGAUCACAUUUUGAUGUGACUUCUCACUUAAGGAUGCAGCAAGAUCCAGCACAAGGACACAAGGGAACAUCUGUUAUAAUAACCAAUGGAAGCUGA